ACUAAUAAUUUUGUAAAUCCAUAGAAAUAAUAGCAAAUGGAUCCCAAUAACGUGCAGUCGAAAAAUGUAUCGAAGAAUUUGUCGCGCUUCAAGGUGCUGUUCUGGGUAAAUGAAAAAAUGGAUACGGAAAUCCUGAAAGUCGAGGAGCUCUGCAUCGGCGCUGUCUAUUGCCAGCUUAUGGACAUGUUAUUCCCGGAUGCGGUCUAAUUAAAGCGAAGCACAAGAGCAGCCGAGUUGCAUUUGAAUACAAAAUUGUUUUGUUGUUUUUGUUGCCGAAUAAAAUAGGCUCCCAUUCGAUAUGCAUAUCAAAGCACAGUUUAUA